AUCUUUGAAUACGGGCGCCUGAGCCACUUCAUAGACGGGAAGGGCGCCUCUGGCAACUGGAUGUCCCUGGUGAACUGUGCCAGGUUCCCCGAGGAGCAGAAUCUGACGGCUAUCCAGUGCCAGGGGCAAAUCUUCUACGAGACCUGCAAGGAAAUCCUACCGAAGCAGGAGCUGCUGGUGUGGUACGGCGAUUGCUACGUGCAGUUCCUGGGCAUCCCCAUUAGCCUGAAGGGCAUCCCGGAGGGGAAGAAACCCCCGCAGCACCCCGAAGAAGUCGGGGAGAGCUUUAAGUGUGAGCGCUGCGGCAAGGUUUUUGCCUACAAGUACUACCGGGACAAGCACCUCAAGUACACUCGCUGCGUGGACCAGGGGGACCGCAAAUUUCCUUGUCACCUUUGUAACCGAUCCUUUGAAAAACGAGACAGGCUGAGGAUCCAUAUUCUCCACGUUCACGAAAAGCACAGACCUCAUAAGUGCUCGGUGUGUGGGAAGAGCUUUUCUCAGUCCUCCAGCCUGAACAAACACAUGAGGGUUCACUCCGGCGAGCGCCCUUACAAAUGUGUCUACUGCAACAAGGCGUUCACGGCAUCCAGCAUCCUGCGCACUCACAUCCGCCAGCACUCGGGGGAGAAGCCCUUCAAGUGCAAGCACUGCGGCAAAGCCUUUGCCUCACACGCAGCCCACGACAGUCACGUGCGCCGCACGCACAGCAAGGAGAAGGGCUGCACUUGCUCAGUGUGUGGCCAGCACUUCCCAGAACAGGAGGAUUACCACUUCCACAUGAAGAUUCAUGCCACUCAUUAG